GGCUCGUGGGCGGCCCCAGGACUGAACCGCUGACACCUCCCCUGCCGGCCCUGAUGCACUUGAGAGGCCCGGUCGGGGCCUGACCGAGGAGCGAGGGGUGGAGAGCGAGGCCGCCGGGGGUCCCCCGCACCUACUCGGCGGCCGGAGGGAGCCCGACCGGGCGUCGCGGGUCCGCGGUGGCUUCCCCCCAAGGGUCCUUGUUGUCACAUUUCUUGAUAUUCUGUUGAACCUUCUUAAGAAUUCAGAGAAACUUCUGGGUGACCACUGAAAGAAAGAUCUAAUCUCCAGGCUUACGCAUAGUCCAUCCACUCCAUCAGAAUAAUGUCCUACGUUUUUGUAAAUGAUUCGUCUCAGACUAAUGUGCCCUUGCUACAAGCCUGUAUUGAUGGAGACUUUAACUAUUCCAAGCGGCUUUUGGAAAGUGGCUUUGACCCAAAUAUUCGUGACAGCAGGGGCAGAACUGGCCUUCACCUCGCAGCAGCUAGAGGGAAUGUAGACAUCUGCCAGCUGUUGCAUAAAUUUGGUGCUGAUCUUCUGGCCACAGAUUAUCAAGGAAACACAGCUCUUCAUCUCUGUGGCCAUGUGGAUACUAUUCAAUUCUUAGUUUCCAAUGGACUCAAAAUUGAUAUUUGUAAUCAUCAAGGUGCUACACCCUUGGUUCUGGCAAAGCGCAGAGGAGUGAAUAAAGAUGUCAUUCGAUUGCUGGAAUCUUUGGAAGAACAAGAGGUAAAAGGAUUUAACAGAGGAACUCACUCAAAACUGGAGACCAUGCAGACAGCUGAGAGUGAAAGUGCCAUGGAAAGCCAUUCUCUCCUCAAUCCCAACCUGCAGCAAGGGGAAGGAGUCCUGUCCAGCUUCCGAACCACAUGGCAGGAAUUUGUCGAGGACCUGGGCUUCUGGAGGGUGUUGCUCUUGAUCUUUGUCAUUGCUUUGCUAUCUCUUGGCAUUGCAUACUAUGUGAGCGGGGUGCUCCCCUUUGUGGAGAACCAGCCGGAACUGGUGCAUUAAAGGAGCCCAUGGGGGUGGGGCCUGUGUCUCUUUCCUGGCUUCCACUGUUGUCCUGAGUUUCUCAAACGUUUUCUCUUAGUGCAAGGCAGUGAGGGCUGUACAUUUUUUCUUUGUGCAUUUUUAUGUAUUGUAAUCCUUUUCGAACAACGUGGUCAUUUGAACUAACCACAUACCGUAGUCAAGUAUACUUCAUCCUAAAGCUACCUCUGACUCAGCCCAACUUGUUAGAAUGCCUUCACAUAGCCUUGUUUCAUAAAAACGUGGAGG